AUGAUGAUUACUCUGGAUGACGUCUCUUGUCUGCUUCACUUGCCCAUCAUGGGAGUCUUAUGGAGCCCUCAAGAUAUCAGUGAAGGGCUUGCUGUUGAGUGGGUUGUUGAUUACUUAGAAGUGUCACAGAGAGUGGCACAACAACAAGCCCGUGACUGCAGGGGUUCUUACUAUAGCUUGGAGUGGGUAUACGAUCGAUUCAUAGAGCAUAGAGCUGCUUCUAAAUGGGCAUAUGCGACUAGAGCUUAUUUGUUGAUAUAUCUCAGAGAUGCUUCCAUGUUCAGUUGUAAGCAGCUCGAUGGUUAUCCGACUCUUCUACAGUGCUGGAUUCAUGAGUAUUUUUCAACACUUGGAAAAAAAAGGAGAGAAUUGGAUACCAGCUAA